AUGCUGCUCCCCGUCCGCAGUCUGUAUAGUCGGGGGCGUUGCUGGAUUCUCCUCGUCGCUCCGUUCCUCAGCUUGGUGGUCCUGCACCUCCUGCUGAGAUCCUACACUCGCGUCAAUUCGACCCUGUUGAAAGACUUUCUGCCGGACGAUUCCUCCACGGACAAUGGCACUGCUGGCCAUGGCUGUCGCCCGCUCCCCGGCAUGGAAGAUGUGCUGGUCGUUCUAAAGACUGGAGUCACCGAGGCGCUGGACAAGGUCCCCGUGCAUCUGCAAACUACUCUCCGAUGCGUGCCACACUAUGUCGUCAUCUCCGACUUUGAAGAGAAAGUCUCGGGCGUCUGGACCCGGGACGUGUUGCGCAAUGUCACCCACGACGUCAAGCAGACCGUUCCGGAAUUCGACAUUUACAACCGGGUGCAAAAAUCUGGACGGGGAGGGCUGAGUCAAGCAGAUUUUGGAGACGACUACAACGGGCCGUUUGGGAGGAUCAACAACCCGGGUUGGAGGCUCGACAAGUGGAAGUUCCUGCCCAUGAUCGACGUCGCUCUGGCGGUCCAUCCCACCGCGAAAUGGUACGUCUUCAUGGAGGCAGAUACGUACCUGAUGUGGCCCAACUUGAUCGCGUGGCUCUCGCAGUUGGACGCCAGUCGACCUCUGUACCUCGGCUGCCAGAUGCAGAUAGGUGAAGUUAUCUUUGGGCAUGGAGGGUCUGGUUUCGUCAUCUCCAACCCUGCGAUGCGGAAGGUGUCCAAGUACCGUGCCAGUCAUAUGAAAGAGCUGGACCAGUUGACGGCAUCUCAAUGGGCUGGCGAUUGCGUGCUGGGCAAAGUGCUAGCUGAUGUUGGCGUGCCGCUGACCUGGUCGUGGCCCAUGCUGCAGGGUUCGCGGCCGUGGGAUCUGGACCACUUCGGCGAGGGGUAUAACAAGAAGACAUGGUGCCAUCCGGUCAUUUCCUACCACCAUAUGACUCCAGCAGAUAUCGAGGAACUGUGGCGAUUCGAUCAAGAGUGGUUUCAAAUGGACAAACCGAAGACCAAAAUCCUCCUUCACAACGACGUCUUCCGCGAGCUGAUCUUACCCAAUAUUCUCACCCCGCGUGCUGACUGGGACAACCUAUCGGAGGAUCCAGCAACAGCGACUGUCGAGGGCGGCAGUGACAGCAACAGUAACCACCUAAGUUCAUUCGACGAUUGCGAGAAGCAAUGCCACAACGACGCAAAAUGCCUGCAAUAUGCUUUCCAUUCGGACGGGAGAUGCUUGACCUCGAAGGUCGUCAAGAGGGGCGUGCGUGUGAGCAAGAACGCUUCGUCUUCGACUUCGACCGUGCGAUCAGGCUGGAUGACGGAUCGGAUCUUGCCCCUGGCAGAGAAACUCGAUGCUGCAUGCUCCAAGCCAGACUGGGUGUUUCCAUGA